AUGGAUACAUUAAUUUCAAACCCACCUAAUAUUGGAGUGGCACUCUCAGGAGGUGGGUACCGAUCCAUGUUAACUGGAACUGGGUUUAUAUUAGGGAUGCAAGAGAAAGGGUUAUGGGACUGUGUCUCAUAUCUAUCUGGGUUAUCUGGUGGCAGUUGGGUUUUAAUGGAUUUAAUAGUUAAUAAUUUCAACAUAACCAAGAUGAUUAACAAUUGGGACUUAACUGAGGGUCUGCUACAGGGGAUACCGGAUUUUGACAUAACUCAACAAGAUUUAGUCUCUGGCAUGGAGGAGCAGUUCCCAUAUUUGAAAAAGAGACAAGAAUUAAUAAAUACUGAUUUUGAAAACUUUUUCAACGAAGUCGAGACAUCAUUGAGCUUACCAGAUUGUCUAAGGAAAGAUGAAUUAUUUAAAAGAGGUAUUGAAAAUCCAUUCGAUAAAAUAAAGCAAUUCAUCUUUCAUAAUGGCACUUUACAAAGUAAUUCGCUUAUUGAAUCGUUUCAGACCUUCCGUGAAGUAUUGAAUUUUUACAUCGAUCUUCAUUUGCGAGUAAGAACCAAGAAGAUUCAAGGUUUUUUUGUCUCAUUUACAGAUUAUUGGGGCGAAGCAUUACUGAAAAGGUUAAAUAAUAAAGAUAAAAAGUUUAGUGCAUUUGCAAAUACAGUCUCCUUUUCUAAACUUAUUGAAUCCAAUCUUAAAUUUUCCAAAUUUGAAGCACCAAUUCCAAUAUUUGUGGCAAACAAUAGAAAUGGUAGACUUAAGAAUGUCAUUUUUGAGUUUUCACCUUUUGAAUUUGGAUCUUGGGAAAAAAUGUUACGAUUAUUCGUAAAAUUACCAUAUUUGGGUUCAAAAAUUGUCAAUGGGACAGCCAAAAUUUGCUAUAAAGAAUUUGAUGAUAUUGGAUUUAUUACCGCAACCUCUUCGUCCAUAUUCAAUAAUGUUUUAAUUUUUAUUUGGCAAAAAAUGUCUAGAUCAUCCCUUGAGGCAAUGAAAUCUGUAAAGGCAGUAAUGGGGUUGUUUGGUCUGAUUGGCACCAAAGAUUCCACGAAGCCUUUAACCUUGAGCAAUACAGCUAUUGCCCCAGAGACAGAUUACGCUGUUUAUUAUCAUAAUCCAUUUUUUCGCUAUCCAAAUAUAGAUAACGCAUUGACCAAAGAUGAUCAUUUAUAUUUAGUAGAUGGAGGUGAAGAUGGCGAAAACAUACCUUUAAGAAGCUUAAUUAUACCGGAAAGAAAGGUAGAUGUAAUAUUUGCAAUUGAUUCAAGCUCCGAUGUUAAUAACUAUGCUAAUGGAACCAAGUUAAUAACAAUAUUGAGACAUUUGGAAAAAUUAGGUUAUCAUUAUAAAAUACCCAAAAUUUCUAAGAAGAGAAUAAACCAUCCUUUAAUUUUUGGUUGUAAUGCCCCUUCGCUACCAAUUAUUAUUUAUCAUGCAAAUACUGAACAUAGUUACCCAUCAAAUACGUCCACUUUUAAAGUGACAUACAAUGAAACAGAAGUAGGCGCAAUGCUACAAAAUGGUAUGGAUAUAUUUAAUGAUAAUGAAAAUAUAUACUAUCAAAAUUGUCUCGGAUGCAUUCUCUCCAAGAGAACAUUAGACCGAAAUUUCAAAUUACAUUCUCAAUUUUGUAAAAAAUGUUUCAAAAAGUUUUGUUACUCAUAA